AGCUGUCAAAAAACAUGUGUUUUUUUGAUGCCGCCGCGCGCAGAAAAAAUCCUUCUUUCGCAAUUGUCAAGUGUUGUGCAGGCCGAAAAAUAUAAACGAGUGUUAAAAAGCUAAUUUACAGUUUUAACCCACCCGUACAACACAAUGGCACCGGACAAGAAGCAAAAGGGCCGCAACAAGAAAAGCAUCCCGGUCACGAGCACGAAGAAGGAUGACAAGAAGAUUGCAAACGGUGGCACCAAUGGUGAUGCUGCUUCCGCCGAUAUGACUGAGGAAGAGGCACUGUGUGCGAAGCUGGACGAGGAAGCACGGAUCAAUUCGGAAGCCCGUGCCUGUACUGGUUCGUUGGCCGUGCAUCCACGAUCGCGUGACAUCAAGUUCUCCAACUUCUCGAUCACCUUCUUCGGCUGUGAGCUGUUGCAGGAUACGAUGCUCGAGCUGAACUGUGGCCGGCGGUACGGUCUGCUCGGUGCGAACGGUUGCGGCAAGUCGUCCCUGCUGUCCGUGCUAGGCAAUCGCGAGGUGGCCAUCCCGGACCACAUCGAUAUAUUCCACCUGACGCGCGAAAUUCCGGCUAGCUCGAAAAGCGCCAUCCAGUGCGUCAUGGAGGUGGACGAGGAGCGUAUCAAGCUGGAGAAGAUGGCCGAUGCGCUGGUCGAUCAGGAGGAUGACGAGGCGCAGGAGCAGCUGAUGGACAUUUACGACCGGCUGGAUGAAAUGUCCGCCGAUCAGGCGGAAGCGAAAGCGUCCCGUAUUCUGCACGGUUUGGGCUUCACCAAGGAGAUGCAGCAGAAGGCGGCCAAGGACUUUUCCGGCGGUUGGCGAAUGCGUAUCGCACUGGCGAGGGCACUGUACGUGAAGCCGCACCUACUGUUGCUCGAUGAACCGACCAACCAUCUCGAUCUGGACGCGUGCGUGUGGCUGGAGGAGGAGUUGAAGACGUACAAGCGCAUCCUGGUGAUCAUUUCCCACUCGCAGGACUUCCUGAACGGCGUGUGCACGAACAUCAUCCACAUGACGCAGAAACGGCUGAAGUACUACACCGGUAACUACGAGCAGUUUGUCAAGACCCGGCUCGAGCUGCUCGAGAACCAGAUGAAGCAGUACAACUGGGAGCAGGACCAGAUCGCACACAUGAAGAACUACAUUGCACGGUUCGGGCACGGUUCGGCCAAGCUCGCCCGUCAGGCACAAUCGAAGGAAAAGACGCUCGCAAAGAUGGUGGCGCAAGGAUUGACCGAGAAGGCGGUGGACGAGAAGCAGCUCAACUUUUGCUUCCCGUCUUGUGGUACCAUUCCACCGCCGGUGAUUAUGGUGCAAAACGUUAACUUCCGGUAUAACGACGCGACACCGUACAUCUACAAAAAUCUAGAGUUCGGUAUCGAUCUGGACACGCGGCUGGCCCUGGUCGGUCCGAACGGAGCGGGUAAGAGUACGCUGCUGAAGCUUCUAUACGGUGAUCUUGUGCCGACGGCCGGUAUGAUUCGUAAGAACUCCCAUUUGCGCAUUGCCCGGUACCAUCAGCAUCUGCACGAACUGCUCGACAUGGACGCUAGCCCACUGGAUUACAUGCUGAAAAGCUUCCCGGAGGUAGUGGAGCGCGAAGAAAUGCGCAAGAUUAUCGGUCGGUACGGGUUAACGGGGCGCCAGCAGGUGUGUCCGAUACGGCAAUUGUCCGAUGGACAACGGUGCCGUGUAGUGUUCGCUUAUCUCGCUUGGAAGAAACCCCACCUGCUGCUGCUGGACGAACCUACGAAUCAUUUGGAUAUGGAAACGAUCGAUGCCUUAGCGGAAGCGAUUAACGAUUUCGAGGGUGGCCUGGUGCUCGUUAGUCACGAUUUCCGACUGAUUAACCAGGUGGCGGAAGAGAUCUGGGUGUGCGAGAAGGGCACGGUUACCAAGUGGAACGGAAACAUUCUCGACUACAAGGAGCAUCUGAAGAAGAAUAUCGCCAAGGAGGCCCGAAUCGCCAACGCAUCGGCCAAAUGAGGCGUGUGUCCACCCAAAGGAAGGGCACCAAUUUCCUUCACUCUCAUCAUCCCUGUCAUCUCUUUAUCGAUGAACUCACUCGCACAGUUCAUACAACUCCUAAAUUCACUUCAUCUGCUGGGGACCGGAACCGGAAAUCAAAAGAUUUAUCCCGUGUUAGAGAAGCUUUCUCACAAAUUUUAUUUCGAAACGGCUAUUUUUCAUCCCCUAUUUCAACACUAAUCAAUCUACAAUCUAUAACAACACGCCAGUGGGCGACGAAAUGCAGCCAACCGUAAUAGAAAUAGCCAAAUUCUUGAAGCACUGCUUUAACGAAAAAGAUAUCACGAUAAAAUUCUAGUAAACAGCAAAAAGUUGCAGCAAACCACAACCAAAAUCCUAAAAACACCACCCAAGGGCUUUAGUUUAAAGCGCGGUUUUAAGCCCGAUCUAGAUAACAAACAAUUGUUGUAUCCCGCUACAAUAAAACAAAACUCAACAAAGCGCAGCAGAAAAGGGCUAACACGAUAGACAGGCAAGGCAGGCGCGUGUGUGUUAAACGCCACAAGACCAGGACGGAGUUACGUAUAUAAUUGGUAAUUUAUUGAACUAUGUAUUGCUCUACUGUGGUUUAUAUUUUUAAACUAUCUUAUACACAAACACACACACACACCAACGUUAUAAGUAUGCAUAAACGUAUAGAAACUGCAAUAAAUUGUAUCCAAAUAUG